AUUGAAGCCAAGACCGCCGAUAACGGCGAUACAGCGCUAUUUAUGGCCGUCCGACAUGGAUACGAACCUACUGUGCGGUUGCUUCUCGACCACGGAGCCAAUAUCAAAGGACAGAACCAACAGGGCGAUACACCGCUACUUUUGGCCGCCUGCUAUAGACACGAAUCUACUGUGCGGUUGCUUCUCGACCACGGGGCCAAAAUCAAAGGACAGAAGCGAAAUGGCGAUACAGCGCUACUUUUAGCAACCCGAUCUAGACACGAAUCUACUGUCCGGCUACUCCUCGAG